CUCCUCCCCUUCGCCGAAUCCCCCCCCCCCCCCACACGAAUCCGCCAUGGCUUCCUCCCCAAGCUCCAGUGCUCUCGCCCUCCCCCUUCUGCUGUGCCUCCUCGCGUCCGUCUCCGCCGCCGCUCGCUUCGCCCCGGCGGACAACCACCUCCUCACCUGCGGCGCGACGGCCCCGGCCGUGCUCCCCGACGGCCGACGCUUCGCCCCGGACUCCGGCUGCGCAUACACGCGCCUCCGCUCCCCGGGACCUACUCUCCCAUCCGCGGCGCCGAACGCGGCCCCGCGGCCGUCCCCUCUCCACGCCGCCGCGCGCGUCUUCUCCUGCCGCGCCUCCUACGACCUCGCCGUCCGCAGCCGCGGGUACCACAUCCUGCGCCUCCACUUCUACCCCUUCGAGCCCGCGCUCGCGUCCGCGCGCUUCCACGUUGGCGCCGCGGGGUUCCUCCUCCUCCACAACUUCUCCGCGUCGGCCGCCGUUGUGAAGGAGUUCAUCCUACCGGUCCACUCCGACGUCCUCGUCCUCACCUUCGUCCCCGAGUCGGGAUCUAGUGCUUUCAUCAACGCCAUCGAGCUCGUAUCGGCCCCCGAGGAGCUCGUCGGCGACAUCGGCACCCUCGUCACGCGUGACGGCACCGAUCGAACCAAAGGACUGUCGUCUCAGGUAUAUGAGACGCUCUACCGGAUCAAUGUCGCGGGCCGCAAGGUCACGCCGUUCAACGACACGCUGUGGCGAACAUGGGUCAACGACGAGCGCUUCCUUGUCAAGACGGAAUCGUCCAACAGCAAGGUGUGGUCGUUCGGUGGCCGGAUUGCUUAUCCCAAGGAUAGCCGAUUGAUGAGCCGGGAGGUGGCUCCUGACAACGUGUACAACUCGGCGAGGUCGGUGAGCUCACAGGGCAAAGUGACAUGGGGAUUUCCUGUGCCUGCCAGCAGCAGGUACCUUGUGCGUAUGCACUUCUGUGACAUUGUGAGCAAGGCUCUGAAUGGGCUCUACUUCGAUAUCUAUGUCAAUGGUCAGCUAGCAGUGAAGGAUUUUGACAUCUCUAGUGCCACUGGGUUCUUCUUAGCCUAUCCAUAUUACAUCGACUUUGUUGUGGAUGUUGAGGAUAAAGGGACGCUAAAAUUGGCCAUUGGUGGCUCGAAGAAUAGCCGAUCAGAUGAAGUGAGUGGUAUCCUUAAUGCUGUAGAGAUAAUGAGGAUGAACAAAACGAGUGGGGGUAUUGAUGGGGAUUUUGCAGUUGCUCUGGACAUGGAGCAUGUGGCUAGCAAGGGGAUUGGUGAAUUUGCCCGCUCACUGCUGUGUGGUUUCAUUUUUGCGGGAUUGUUGUUGAUUUUGUUAAUGCUUGUGGUGAGGUUGAGGACAGAGCUGAGGAAUAAUGGUGCAGCUUGGUCUUGGCACCCAAUGGAUUCUGGUGAUGGGAAGCUGGCUAGAGCAUAUCAGCUUGUGUCCACUAAAACAGACUAUUGAAUGACAUGAGAUGACCAUCUUUGAGGAACUUCAAACUGCGGAUGUUGACCUUUUGUAUCUAAUGACGUAUUGCAUUACUGCAGUUGUAAGUAUUGUAGUUUCACACUUUUACUCCCUUCAUGGUUGAAGUUUUGACUAUUUGAGCUUGGCUAAUGGAGAAAAUGGUCAUUGUGCUGUAUUUCACUCAAGAUAUGUGUCUGUAUUAGUUAUGCUUGAAUGCUUGGCUACUUCUCACAGUUCUAUCCAGUUUGUGAAAUAUGCUUGAAUGAAUGCCAGCAAUUUCUCUAUUUUA